AAAUUCUCCUUUCGUACACUUCUUCUUCGUCUACACACCGUGGCUCCGAACCUCCAACCCGAAUCACAACCAUAGCAUCCGAACCUGAUAUUCCAAGCCUAACGCAAACACCGAUACAGUUAUGGGAACAGAGAGUUACACAUACAUGGGACGAAGUUUCAACGAAUUCUCCAUCAACGAUGAUUCAACUUCCUCCGCUUUCAGCGACUGCAACAGUGACAGAUCCGGCGAAUUCGCCACCACUUCUUCUACCUCCCGACGGCUCUUCCUCGCCUGCGCUUCCGAAAAUUCCGAUGACCUCAUCCGUCAACUUGUCUCCGAUCUUCACUCCGAUUCAAUCGAAGAGCAGAAACAAGCCGCUAUGGAAAUUCGAUUACUCGCCAAGAAUAAACCUGAAAAUCGAAUCAAAAUCGCUAAAGCUGGCGCAAUUAAACCGUUAAUUUCGUUAGUUACUUCACAGGACCUGCAACUUCAAGAAUACGGUGUUACCGCGAUUUUGAAUCUCUCUUUGUGCGACGAAAAUAAAGAACUAAUAGCUUCUUCCGGAGCUAUUAAACCGUUAGUUAGAGCGUUAAAUUCAGGAACAUCAACAGCUAAAGAGAACGCGGCUUGUGCGCUCCUUCGUCUAUCUCAGGUGGAAGAGAACAAGGCGGCGAUUGGAAGAUCCGGUGCAAUUCCGUUAUUGGUGAAUCUUCUAGGAAGUGGAGGAAUACGCGGGAAGAAGGACGCGUCUACGGCGCUGUAUACUCUGUGUUCUGUGAAGGAGAAUAAGAUGAGAGCGGUGAAAGCGGGGAUAAUGAAGGUGUUGGUUGAGUUGAUGGCGGAUUUUGAAUCGAAUAUGGUGGAUAAAUCGGCUUAUGUUUUGAGUGUAUUGGUAUCGGUGCCGGAGGCGAAGGUUGCGUUGGUGGAGGAAGGUGGUGUGCCGGUGUUGGUUGAGAUUGUGGAGGUUGGAUCGCAGAGACAGAAGGAAAUUGCGGCGGUUAUUCUGUUACAGAUUUGUGAAGAUAGCGUGGCGGUUCGAUCCAUGGUGGCUCGUGAGGGUGCCAUUCCUCCUUUGGUUGCUUUGACGCAGUCCGGCACCAAUCGCGCCAAACAAAAGGCUGAGAAAUUAAUUGAGCUUCUGAGGCAACCAAGAUCUACACGUAUAUCAGAAUGAUAGCAUAAACCCUAGCAAUUAUGGUGCUAAAUGAUAAUCUCACACGUGCGUGUUUAGGUGUAAACAUCGUGGUCAAGAACACAAUGAAUUGGUUCUCGAAGAGAGACAGAGAAAGAGAGAGAUCAAGUUUGUAAAUAUCUUCUUAACGGAGAAGCUUUGUAAAGUUUGUGGUGUAAAUCAUACGGUUUGAGUUUAGUUUGCUUUUUUGGACUUUAAAGAAUAAUGUUACUUUUUAUCAACAAAAAAGAAAAGAAUAAAAUGCUACCGGUCUUUUAUUUUCUUUUUCA